UUAUCAUCUUCAACCACAACAAUCUUCUGUUUCUUUGGAAGCAACUAACUACAAAGAACAUCUUCACGACUAGAAAGACACAUACCCUUCUGUCUUAAGGACGAGACCAGAAGCUUCUUCUAUCGGCUUUGUAAUGGUCUACAAAGGAUAAGAAAAAACCAAAUCCAAACUAAAGCUAUGCAUUUUCCACUUGUUUCGGCUUGGAACAAGAGAAGGAGAAGCAAAUCAUAUGAUACGGAUCCAUGUACGUUCCUUUUCUCCAUCAUCUUCGCCAGAUGGCAUAAAAGGGUCUACAGAACAGCAGAAUGCUGGCAAAUCGAAGAUCAGGCUUCUCAGCCAAGGAAGCGAAGAUUCGGGUCAUCAGUUUAUACCCUCAAGGAGAUGGAGGAGGCCACAAGUUCUUUCAGUGAUGAGAAUCUCCUCGGUAAAGGAGGCUUUGGCCGAGUUUACCAAGGCACUUUAAAAACAGGAGAGGUUGUUGCAAUCAAGAAGAUGGAUUUACCUACGUUUAAAAAGGCUGACGGAGAAAGAGAAUUUCGUGUGGAGGUGGAUAUCUUGAGCAGACUCGACCACCCAAAUCUGGUCUCUUUGAUCGGCUAUUGUGCAGAUGGGAAACACCGGUUCCUAGUAUAUGAAUAUAUGCAAAAUGGAAACCUGCAAGAUCAUUUGAAUGGAAUCAAAGAAGCAAAAAUAAGCUGGCCAAUAAGGCUCAGAAUUGCACUAGGAGCAGCAAAAGGACUCGCGUAUCUCCAUUCAAGUUCUUCUGUUGGGAUUCCAAUUGUUCACAGAGACUUCAAAUCCACCAACGUUCUACUAGACUCCAAUUAUAAUGCAAAGAUAUCCGACUUUGGACUAGCAAAGUUGAUGCCAGAAGGAAAGGAUACUUGUGUCACAGCAAGAGUUCUAGGAACAUUCGGCUAUUUCGACCCAGAAUAUACAUCGACAGGUAAACUUACUCUACAAAGCGACAUUUAUGCAUUUGGGGUUGUGCUGCUAGAACUACUUACUGGACGCAGAGCAGUUGACUUAACUCAGGGCCCAAAUGAACAGAACCUGGUGCUACAGGUUAGGAAUAUACUGAAUGAUAGAAAGAAAUUGCGUAAGGUUAUAGAUGUCGAGCUGCCUCGGAAUUCAUACAGCAUGGAAGCUAUAACCAUGUUUGCUGAUCUAGCAUCACGGUGCAUCCGUAUAGAGAGUAAAGAGCGACCUUCAGUGAUGGAUUGUGUUAAGGAACUGCAACUAAUUAUCUACACAAACUCGAAGGGUGGUUUGGGUGGGACGAUUCCUACAUUCAGAAGGCUCUAGACACUGAAUUCUUCGAAACAAGUAAAAUGGAUUACUGUCAUUUUUCCUAAAAUGAGAGGUCACUGAUAAAAAAACACUUGAUAAAUAUAAACAAACAAUACUAAUUAUGAAUUACCGGAUAAUUUCAAUUCAACUUCCAGCUAGGAAACUUUGAUCAAGCGAUAUUAUUUGGAUAUAUAUACUAUAAUUUCACUAAGAAAAUCAAGCACUAGAUGUAUCCGUAUAGUAUGUUGUAUUUGCUGCUAUGAAUGUUUUGCUUUAAGAG